AACUGAGAAAACGUGGGAGAAACAGACACGAGCUUCAAACAAAGCGACACGCAGAUUGCGGUUGUUGUGCGCGCAACGUUGCUAUGGGUGAACUGAAAUCCAUUCAAUAUUUGUUGGAAGAAGAGAAACUCAUCUUGGAAACUAUCGAAGCUUUUCAAAAACAGAUAAACAAGCUCAAGGUAGAGGAGAUGAGUAUAUUAAGCGCGCUACGCGAUCAGGAGAAUAAGAGGAGUGACGGACCUAAGGAAGAGGUGAUGGCGGGCGAUUUCAAGAAUCCCGGGACUUACGCUGGUGUUUCAAAGAACGAGGAGCUUACAAAUGCCGAGGUGAUAGAUUUGCGAGUCGACGACAUCCUGGGCCCUGCGAUGGGUUUUUCAAGUCGGCAACAAAACAACAGCGAAGAAGAAGAGGAGAAUGAACCGGAGAGCUGAGGUUGUCGUCGGCUUCGUGCAAUAUGGGUAUUUUCGAUGAAAAUAAAGUUCACUCCAACAACUUAA